AUGAAUCGGGCCAUGCGACUACGCUCUCCACUUCUCAUGGAACACCUUCGCACCAAUGUAUUCGGGGUUUCCCAUCACCAACACCAGAUAAAAGUUUCUAUGAGGUAUCUUUCGAAACAAGAGUUCGCAAGUGGACCUUCAAAAUCUUCUACUCAACUGAAAAGGAGAUUUCGGGCUCAUCCAUAUCUUUGGUUUGCCGCUAGAAGCUUGUCGCCCAAUAUCGCGAAAAGCAUCAGCACAUCCUUGGAAACAGACCUCCUUACCCUGACAGCUUCACAAGGAUCCAUUGAAUCUUGUCAACAAGCUGCUGAGGCCUGGCUAUAUCUCGAUGAUGAAUCAUACCACGAAUGCGAAAGAACAUGCGAGCGAUGGCGCUGUUAUACAUCAGGCUACACCGCGCUCCAUCUCACAGCAAGUCUCGGAGUUGUAGAGACUGUGAUACAGAAGAUUAUCGAUGAUGGAGCAGAUCUUGAGGCUCGUGAUGAUGUAAAUCAAACCGCAUUGCAUAUAGCAUCAGCCAAUGAAGAUGAAUCCACAACUCUCAAGAGCUUGUUGCUUGCUGGUAGCAAUGUAGAUGUUAGAGAUCAAGAUAAAUUGCUACCUCUGUCCAUCGCUGUAGUCUAUGGAAAUCUGAAUUCUGUCAAGUUGCUUAUUGAGUAUGGUGCUAAUGUGAAUGAUCUCUGCGAGGAGGAUCUUCGGGAGUGCAUGAGCGAACAGCCAGAAAUUGUCAAGUUUUUGGUAGAGUUGGGCGUUGAGAUGCCAGAUGUAGACGAAAGUGAAGAUGAGAACAACGGCGAUUAG